AAUGUGAAUGGAAGAGGAGGCGAGCGCCGGGACGACGCUGCCGCCGCCGCCGCUCCUCGAGGUAAUCGCCAAGACCGUCCUCCCCAGCGCCGGCAUUUGGAAAUCUCUCCUGGAAUCGGCAAGAAAGUGGAGCUGAGAGAUCCGUUGCGGCGGGGCGGAUUUUUGAGCUCCCGGGGAUGCUUCUCUUGGAAUUCACGGUUUCUCGGGGCCGGGAAGCGAGAUUCUAGGGCUGGGGCGAGCUAGGAAUGCGGAUCAGCUCCUCCCGGUGAUUGCUCUCUCGUCGCUAGCAAUGAGGCGACCACCGUACAGUGUCCGGAGGCGGAGGAGGCUCUCGCUCGUCUCGAUUUGCCUCUCGAUUGGCCUGCUGGGACUGCUCAUUGUGGCGCUCUUUGGAUUAUCCAAACAUCCAGCUCCAAUAGCUCCGCCAACGAAUCAACCUCUUGACGUGGUCAUAGCCGAUUCAUUUAAUCUCACGGAAGAGCUCCUGGAUGUUCGCUCAUACGCUCGGCAGCUUGGAGAUCAGAUGGUUCUAGCAAAGGCUUACUUGGUCAUCGCCAAAGAGAACAGCAACUUGCAGCUAGCCUGGGAGUUGAGCGCACAGAUCAGGGCCUGCCAGCUUCUCUUCUCACAGGUAGCAACGAGAGCGUCGCCAAUCACCGCCGCCGAGGCCGAGCCGAUCAUGAAGCAGCUGGCGUCGCUCAUUUACCAAUCGAGAGAGCUUCACUACGACAUCGCCACGGUGAUCAUGAAGUUCAAGGCGCAGAUCCAAGCGCUCGAGGAGCGUGCCAGCGCCGCCACCGUCCAAAGCACCACCUUUGGUCAGCUCGCUGCCGAGGCCGUCCCAAAGAGCCUCUACUGCCUGGGGAUGCAGCUGACGCUCGAGUGGGCCGAGACGCGAGGGGAGCUCUCCAAGCAGCAGCACUCCCCGGCGUUGACGGACCAGGACCUCUAUCACUUCGUGGUCUUCUCGGACAACAUCCUGGGGACCUCGGUGGUGAUCAACUCCACGGUUUGCAACGCCAAGCGGCCGACGCAGCUGGUUUUCCACCUGGUGACGGACAGCGUCAACUUUGGCGCCAUGAGAGUCUGGUUUGCUCAGAACGACUUCAAGGGGGCGACGAUCGAGGUCCAGAACAUCGACACGUUUACGUGGUUGAACGCGUCCUACGUGCCGGUGCUCAAGCAGCUCCAGGACGUCGAGACGCAGAGCUACUACUUCAAAUCCGGGCAGGAGAGCAAGAACGCGGUCAAGUUCCGGAACCCGAAGUACCUCUCCAUGCUCAACCACCUGCGCUUCUACAUCCCGGAGAUUUACCCGGAGCUCCAGAAGGUGGUGUUCCUGGACGACGACAUCGUGGUGCAAAAGGACCUCACGCCGCUCUUCUCCAUCGAUCUCCACGGCAACGUCAACGGCGCCGUGGAGACGUGCCUGGAGAGCUUCCACCGCUACCACAAGUACCUCAACUUCUCGCACCCCAAGAUCAAGGCCAACUUCGACCCGGACGCGUGCGGCUGGGCGUUCGGCAUGAACGUCUUCGACCUGGUGGCGUGGAAGAGAGCCAACGUUACAGCCCGGUACCACUACUGGCAGGAGCAAAACGUGGACAGGACGCUGUGGAAGCUGGGGACGCUGCCGCCGGGAUUGCUCACUUUCUACGGCCUCACGGAGCCGCUGGAUCGCAAGCUGCACGUCCUGGGACUGGGAUACGAUCCAAACAUCGAUGCCCAGCUGAUCGAGAGCGCCGGGGUGGUGCAUUUCAACGGGAACAUGAAGCCGUGGCUCAAGCUGGCCAUGAGUCGCUACAAGCCGCUGUGGGAGAGGUAUGUAAAUUACUCGCACGCCUACGUCCAGCAGUGCAACAUCCAUUGAUUUGAGGGAGAGAGCGAGAGCGAGAGCUUCUUAUUUUUUUUUUGGUUGACGACUCGGGUUCCUUCCUCUUUCUUCUUUUUUUCGUUGAGAGAGAGCGAGCCACUGUGCUGGCUGCUUAGAAGGGAGGAACCAAGGAGAAAACUUCUCGCAGGAGAUUCUUUUGAUUCACGGUCGUCGCUUUGAUUGAUUGCUCGUAGAUCGAUCACAGCGUCGCUAGUUUUGUU